AUGAUGAUGAAAGCAAGUCUUCUAAUAAUCGCAGUCCUGGGAUACGUGUCCGCUAAAGUGAUCAAGAUUCCUCCGACUUCUGCUCCAGAAAGUGCAGAAGGUUCAGUGCCUGAAACCUGGAGCCUGGAAAUAAAAUACAAGACAUCACCUGCAGAUCUAAAUACCGACUUUGAGCCACCGCAGCCUUGGAUUAUGAAGCCCGUUGGGGAGUUCAGUGAUGUCAAUCUGAAGAACAGCAUCAGAAUCAGGGUUCCUAAUGACUGGUUUCAGAACGCUCACAAUGAAAUUUAUGCUUGUGGAACUGACGGUUCGACAAGAUAUUUCUCUCUAAAGAAUCUUGAAGGCCCUUCUUCAGUGUUUACUUAUCCUUCGAAAAGCACCGGAAUUGCUGAUGAUUCUGAGCUCUGGGAAGUGGACACAUCAAAAAGACUGGAAGGAUACGAAGGUAGGAAGUCGGUCACGUAUCAGUUCUCCAUCCGGCCAGCAAACUCUAGAAAGUAA